ACUCUGUAGAAGCACGUGCACCUGCUGGGCUGCUAUCUCGUUUCUGCACUAAAGGGGAAAUGCAGUUUCAUCAACACUGUUAAAGAACUUUGAAUUCAUAUCAGGGUGGAGGUUUGCAUAAUUUGCAAAUGCCGAUAAGUGACAUGUGGCAAGAUGGCACUGGCCUCGACACAAUGGGCGAGAUUGACAGUAAUGGCAGCUGUGACAGUGUGGUCAGCUUCAACUCAUGCUUUAGUGAUGAAAGUAUGGAGUAUCUCUCUGCCGAGGAGAGGGCUUGUCUCAUGUACCUAGAGGAGACCAUUCAGUCACUGGAUACAGAGGAUGACAGUGGCCUAUCCAAUGACGAAUCUGAUCAGCUGCCAGCUCGAGGAAAUGUAGCUAACAAAGCAGCCCACCUCUCCUCGUCGACAAGACCCAACAAGCUCCCUAGUCAAGAUGUUCCCAAAAGCCAAUUUGAAAGUCCAUUGUCAUCUAGCAGCUUGGUGCAAAAUGAAAUUCUGAAUUAUAUGGUUCCUACUCCAUUUGUCCUUGCAAACCGCAGCUCACGAAUCCAACACAAACCUGAAUUAACUGCAUCCCAGAAAAAAACUGCAAUCAAAGUGGCUUGUGAAAGUAACCAGCUCCAUGAAGAAGCUCCAAAGGUUCCCUCAGAGGUCAAUGUGUUAGUGAUACCACCUCCAUAUAAAAUCAAUAGCAGUAAAGAAACAAUGGAAAAACAACAAAAUAAAUCUCAGCCAGAGAAUGUGGCACGUAGAGGACCACUCUCGUAUGAAGCACUUGUACAUCUGCGAAAGAGUGCUUCCAUGCGGAGAACCAAUGCAACUGAAGCCAAAACCGAAGAACAGCGGGUUUCUACAAAUAAAGAUCAAAGCAUCUCUGCAUCCCAAACUCAUACCCAGAACUCACAGGCCUUGACAAGUAGGAACUCCAAGCCCACUCCUCCACCUGUCGCACCUAAACCUAAAUUGAAAACCCCACACAAAGUCCCAAUGAACCAGGAAGAAGACUCCAACUCCAAGAUCCACUCAACCAUGCCUUACCCAGGGGUGUUGUCUGUAGAUAAAUUAAUGAACCCAGAGAAAGUAAGAGUAGAGGCUCUUUGCAAGCUGGGUCUCCUUAAGGAUACAAAGAACCCAAUCUGUCAACAACUAAAGCAUUCACAUUCCCCAACAAACAAAGAGCAAAACCAGACCACAAGUGAACGUCUUGCCCCAUGUGUUCCUGGAGAACAAAUAAACCAGCCAUUACAAAGUUGCAGCACUUUCCACCAAAGGUGCAACCUAUCUACAGCUUCAACUCAUCUGCAACAUGCCGAUAUGACUUCAACCGGGACAUCUGCCACACUGGAACAUGCUGGGACUGUACUGUCAAGUUCUAACAUCACAGUCUUGAAUGCAAAUUCUCAGGACUACCAAUCAGGUUCUUCUCCAAUGGGGGCCAAAAACCACUUUACAGACACCCUAAUGAAUUCUAAGGAUUCUAAUGCAUCGGUAUCCACAAAAAUGGAAUUGCAUGCAUCAUCUCGUUCCAAAGGCCACAUUGUGCCAGUUCCCAGCAUUGGAAGAGAUCGGAGAGAGGCAUUACGAAAACUAGGAUUGCUGAAAAACUGAAAUUUGCUGACUGUGACAGUGCUGCUACAACCUCUUGCAGACACCAGUAUUUUAACCAUUUUUAAAACAUGAAUCAAUCUCUAGCCUGCUAAGAUUCUGGUAUGGCGAUUUUGUUGUUUGUUUUGGCAUCUGACGGAGCGUUUGGACCCAGCAGAAACUGUGAUGCAUGAUGUCAGACUUAACAACCGAUUAAUAAAAGUAUGCAAUUUUAUAAUGUUAAAAGCCAUUGGUAGGCUGACUCUUCUGAAACCUGUAAAAACAUCCUCACCAACAUUAGCUCAACCAAUGGCAUGGGUUUUGGGCAUUUGAUGGAUCAAUGCCCAUUAUUUUUCAGUUCUGUUUGGUAGCAGUAGUUGCAAAGAAAUAGCACAGUUAACUUUUAUCAAUUUAAAGUAAUACAGUGUUGCAAUUAACUUUUAGAUGAUUUAUUACUGAAUCAUUGACUAUAACACUUGGAUGCCUUUGCCUAAUUUAGCACUGAAGAUUAAGAUGAUUCUGUAUGUUUACCUUUCCAGGUAAACCUAAGUAUCUUUCAAUACUUUUCUAACUACAUCUAAGUAGAUUAGCAAUUAGCCUUAAAUUACGCUUUGAUCUUGCUAUUGGAAGCCUGCUCCUAAUCUGUGUUUAUGAAUCAUGAAUGUUUUCAGAAAAUCACUUCCUGUUUUUUUUUUUUUUUAAUAUAUGUUUGAGUAUGUCUGCAUCACCAGAGACUGAUGAACCUGAAGAAGCCAGGCUCCCAAAGAUCAGCUAUCAGUCAAACUCCUCAUUUUACACGCCGGUCAGUGAGAUCUGACACAGCACUUCAGUGGAUUAGCACAUUAUCUUGGGUUGCAACCAACAGACUGGUGUUCAUGUUACCUGGCCUUUCAGAUUCAUCUGUCAUUAAAGUUCUUUAUCUCAGAAUUUGUCCUAGUUCAUGACUUACACUGAGAAUGGUUCUUCUGUUUGUACUGACUCAGUUUACAGUUGGCCUUUCACAGUGGCUUUUCCAACCAAAUCCACCCCUUAAUGCACAUGGAAAGCAGCCAUAAAUUACAGUAAUGUUUAACCACAGAA